UGUAAUUUGUUUUCGUCGACUAAAACUAGACUAAAACUAAGAAGGAUAAAAAUGACUAAAACUAGACUAAAACUAAUAUGCAUUUUCGUCAAAAGACUAAGACUAAGACUAAAUCAAAAAUAGCUGCCAAAAUUAACACUGCACGGCAGAGACGCUCGCUGUCUGUAAACCUUUGUUCAUCUUAGACGGCCUGGAUGAAAGCAGACUUUCUCUGGACUUCAGCCACAGGAAGUGUGUGUCUGAUGUCACACAGAGGUCAUCGGUCAACAUGCUGCUGACAAACCUCAUCCUGGGUAAUCUGCUUCCCUCGGCUCUCAUCUGGAUAACCUCCCGACCUGCGGCAGCCAAUCAGAUCCCUGCUACAUGUGUUGACAGGGUCACAGAAGUACGAGGCUUCACUGACGCCCAGAAGGACGAGUACUUCAGGAGGAGAUUCAGUGAUGAAGAGCUGUGCAGCAGAAUCAUCUCACACAUCAAGACGUCCAGGACCCUCCACAUCAUGUGUCAAAUCCCAGUCUUCUGCUGGAUCAGUGCUACAGUUCUGGAGGACAUGUUGACCACAGACCAGAGAGGAGAGCUGCCCAAAACCCUAACUGACCUGUACUCCCACUUCCUACUGGUUCAGACAAAGAGGAAGAACAACAAGUACGGUGAGAGACAUGAGACGACUCCACCGCAGCUGAUGGAGGCUGAUAGGGACGUUCUCCUGAAGCUGGGGAGGCUGGCACUUAAACAUCUGGAGGAAGGAAACAUCAUGUUUUACCAAGAAGACCUGGAGUACUGUGGUCUUAAUGUCACAGAGGCCUCGGUGUAUUCAGGAGUUUGUACUGAGAUCUUCAGAAGAGAGUAUGUGAUCUUUCAGAAAUCAGUCUACUGCUUUGUUCAUCUGAGCGUUCAGGAGUUUCUGGCUGCAGUCUACAUGUUCCACUGUUACACCGAGAGGAACACAGAAGAACUCAAUAACUUCUUGGGAACAUAUGGGGACACAGACAGCACUUUCUCCCUGGAUGACCUCCUGAAGAGAACCAUGAGGAAAUCCCUCACCAGUACAAAUGGUCAUCUGGACCUGUUUGUUCGCUUCCUUCACGGCCUCAGUCUGGAGUCCAACCAGAGAGUCUUAGGAGGCCUGCUGGGUCAGAAAGAGAACAAUCCAGAGAUCAUCCAGAGAGUCAUCAACAACCUGAUGGAGAUGGAGAGUGGUGACAUUCCUCCUGACAGAAGCAUCAACAUCUUCCACUGUCUCACUGAGAUGAACGACCACUCAGUUCAUCAGCAGAUGCAACAGUUCCUGACGUCAGAGAACAAAUCAAUGAAGAAACUCUCUGAGAUCCACUGCUCAGCCCUGGCCUACAUGCUGCAGAUGUCAGAGGAGGUUCUGGAUGAGUUGGACCUGAAGAAGUUCAACACAUCAGACCAGGGUCGACGGAGACUGAUCCCAGCUGUGAGGAACUGCAGGAAGGCUCUACUCAUUGGUUGUGGACUCUCAGAGACUCACUGUGAAGUUGUGGCCUCAGCUCUGAAGUCAGACCCCUCACAUCUGAGAGAACUGGAUCUAAGGGACAACAGCCUGCAGGAUUCAGGAGUGGAGCUGCUGUGUUCUGGACUGGAGAGUCCAAACUGUCGACUGGAAACUCUGAGGUUGGAGAGAUGCAGACUGACAGAGAUCAGCUGUUCUUCUCUGGCUUCAGCUAUGAGGUCAAACCCCUCUCAUCUGAGAGAACUGGGUCUAAGUGACAACGACCUGCAGGACCCAGGGGUGAAGGAGCUGUGUGGUUUUCUACAGAGUCCAACCUGUCAACUGGAGAGACUGAGGUUGGAGAGCUGCAGACUGUCAGAGAUCAGCUGUUCUUCUCUGGCUUCAGCUGUGAGGUCAAACCCCUCUGAUCUGAGAGAACUCGAUCUGAGUGACAACAACCUGCAGGACCCAGGAGUAAAGGAGCUGUGUUGUUUUAUACAGAGUCCAACCUGUCGACUGGAGACUCUGAGGUUUAAGGGCUGCAGACUGUCAGAGAUCAGCUGUUCUUCUCUGGCUUCAGCUCUGAGGUCAAACCCCUCUCAUCUGAGAGAACUGGUUCUGACUAACAACAACCUGCAGGACUCAGCAGUGAAGGAGCUGCUUGAUCUAAAGCAGAGUUCAGGCUGUCGACUGGAGACUGUGAGCUUCCAGAAAACAACCAUCACACUGAUCAGUUGGAUCUUUGUCACAGCUCUGAGAUCAGUGUGACUGAAGCCUGCACAUCUGUGGCUCUCAUCAUCACCAGGGUAACCAGGAGCUCUUUAUACAGACCAGAACCGCUGCUGAGGUCCAUCUGUCUCAUCUGUUCACAGUUUGUCAGAAGCAGAUGUUCAUCAACACACAGUGAAACAUGGCUUCACCUGUAACAGCAGUAAAUCCACCUCUCAGAAGUGAGUCUCUGUAAACGAUGAUGUCUUCUUCUCUCAACAGAUGGAGCUGGUGAUCUUUGUGAAGGUGAAUGUGAAGAGGACAGUGUGUGUGGACGGAGACUGAGCUGUGUCCUGAUGAUCCACAGAGGCUGAAUCAGCAGCAGCUUGUGUGCGGUCUCCAAUUUACACAACCCCUAAUCUGCAUGUGUUUAUGAGAUGAAGCCGGAGCACCUUUUUAAAACACGGGGAGAACGUGCCAUCUCCACACAGGAAGACCCCAUCUGAAACGGAUUCAAACCAGGAACCUUCUUGCCCCUAAAUCUUUCCCCAAUUGUGUUUAUUCACAUGGAGAAUAUGUUUAUUGAAAUGACACAACACCAAGCAGAAUAGAUAAACACUCUAUAAAGAGUCACAUAUAGUGUAUUUAAAUUUGCCUUUAUUAUUUUCCACAUUUGCCCCUCAGUAUAUCUCUGUGGCAGUUGCCCUUGCCACGGGUCCCUCCCACACACAGCCAGAGACGGAAGUGUUGCUUUUUAACAUACUUUAUUAUCACCACAAAUAAACUUAAUCACACACUAAGCAGACUUGCUUUCCAGAAGUGUCUGGGAUUCUCUCCAGUGUCUGAGUCCUUGAGUUCCCCCUUGAGGCAGUGAAGACGAUGCAGGUGAGGGUGCUCUCCUAGCCCCCUCACCUCCACAAUCUCCAUGUGGGUAUAACCCAAUUCUUUGUAUAUGUUUGUUUAUGAACUUAAAAUUCCGGGUUUCACGUCACAAAUUGAUUUCGUUGGACACAAAUUGAAAUACAUUUAAAUAACUUUGAGUUUAAAAUAAGAGUUUUGUCUAUUUGUCUUAGGCCAGGUUUAAGGUUAGGUUAGUGUAAGGGAAAAUUCAACUGACCAGGUGUCUCACUGCUGUGACUUUGACAAACAGGGAGGUUGCUACAGCAGAUCGACACACAUGAUGAUUUAAUGUCUUUUUUUCAUAUGCGGUUUGAUGAAGCGCCUCUUUGUAUUAGUUCUGGCUUGUCUUUUUUCAUAUUGUUUUAUGAAACGCCUCUUUGUAUAAGUUCUGGCUUUUGUGAACUUGCGGCCAGUUCCUUUUUGAGCACCAGUGCUUAUUGUGUAACCUCUGCAGAGCUAUCUAUUAAAAAGCAUCAAAGGUAA